CGGGGCGGGGCGGGGCGCGGGCGGGGCGCGGCCGAGGCCGGCGGCGAGCGCGGGGCGGAGCGCUGGGACGGCGAGGGGACGCGCGGACGCGGCGCCCCAGUCGCCGUCGAGGGCUGGCGGCGAACGCAAGCGCCAGUAGAGCGGAACAGUGCGGACCCGCGCGCGAUCGCAAGAGGAAGCAGUCUUCACGCCGUCCUCAGCGGCUCCUCCCUGCUGUCGGCGGAACGCGCCGGGAACCGCCCGCGGCCUGCGCGGCCAUGGGUAAAUCAGAUGCAGGAGUCGGACCGACACCCAGUGACGGAGCAAUCCAUCGCCGCCUUGCAUCUGUAAUCGACUCCUCGGAUUUCUACAACACACCUUCAAUGGCACAUCAGGUGUCAUUCGCUUGCAAAGUAACUCGCAGAUUCUUAACCGCAGGU